CGCACGCAGGCGGUCGUGUCGCCAUCUUGUUUGUUAUUCUUUGUAAAGUUUUAACUUUUUUAAAGUUUUACGUUUUGAACUGUGAAGUUGGUUUGUACAGCCAGUGGUUUUAUUAAAAAGUGUUUGAUAAGUUCAUUUUGAGUGACGGAUUACUUUAUUCUUCGUAACAUUGUAAGUAGAUACACAAUGAUAAUCAGGAUAAGUUGUCGGUUUUCAAGAAAAUAAAAACAAUUUACGAAAAAGAUUUUGAUAUACAUAUUAUGCUGAGAUAGCGGAAGAAAACAGAAAUUCAAAAUGGCGGAAAACGAAGGCCCGGUCAAUAUUGAAGACUUGCCGAUUACUUUCCAGGUAAAAUACCUGGGACAAAGCGACGCGCGUGGGUUAUGGGGCAUCAAGCACACCAGGAAACCAGUUGACCUGAUGGUUGCAGCGGCUAAAGCAUUGCCUCCAGGUCAAAUCCUACCAAUAGUGAAGCUGGUGAUAUCAGUAGACGGGGUCCAGCUGGAGACGGUGCAUCAGACCAGCAAAAGAGAUGAAUUCGAGCAUAUGUCCGUAUUCUUCAACAUUGAGUCCAUAUCUUAUGGGGUCCAGGACCUGGUGUACACUCGGGUGUUCUCCAUGAUCAUCGUGAAAGACAAAGCUGAUGUCAAGGGGCUGAAUCCCUUUGAAUGCCACGCCUUCGUCUGUGAGUCCAGGAAUGCAGCAAGACGCCUCACAUACUCCUUGGCAGCAGCUUUUCAAGACUAUUCUAGAAGAGUCAAGGAACUUCAGACUACGCCAGAACUAGACGACCGGCCUCCAAGUCUGAAGAAGAGGUUCGCCAUCGACCUGAGGACCCCUGAAGAAAUUGAGGCUGAUCUGGAAACGGAAGCUUAAAUCAUCAUCACAGGGUCCGCUUACCUAACCUGAAGAUUUGACAGGUCCGGUUUUUUACAGAAGCGACUGCCUGUCUGACCUUCCAACCCAAAGGGAAAUCCAGUCCAAUACAGAUUAGGUCACAUACCUCUGAAACGCAUUUUCGGGAAUGUGGGUUUCCUCACGAUGUUUCCUUCACGUGAUUGUCAUUUAUCAUCCAAACAUGAAUUCAAAAAAAAUCGACUUACAUUGGUUUAGGCCUGUGCUGGAUUCGAACCUGCGACCUGAAAGUGAGAGACAAGCGUUCUACCAACUGAGCUACCACGGCUGUACAUUCCCAAAGAGAACAAUAUUAAAUAUUAUAUAAUAAAAUAUAAUGUAAAUAACAGUAAAUAUUUUAAUAUAAUAAUGGUUAUAUACAGAGCGUUAAUGACAUCAUAACGAACACUGAGGGGGAUGAUUCAGAUCACGAUUCUGAGUUGAUAUCAAGUGGAUUUUAUCCGUCGCAAAAGUAUGGAACUGAAAAUAUUUAAGAAAAACUGUAAAAUUUUCCGACCGGAAAUUCCACUUGAUAUCAACUCAGAAUCAUAGUCUGAAUCAUCCCCCUCAGUAUUUGUUACGGUGUCACUAACACCUAUACCUACUUGUAUGUACUUGUACGGGGUGUAAGUGACAUCGUAACGAAUACUGAGAGGUAUGAUUCAGCUCAUUAUUCUGAGUUAAUAUCUAAAGAAAUAUCAUUAAUUUUGCGACAAAAAAUUCCACUUGAUAUCAACUCAGAAUCAUGGUCUGAAUCAUCCCCCUCAGUAUUCGUUACGGUGUCAUUAACACCCUGUACAGGUGCUGAUUCAGUGCACACCACCUGAUUAAAUUCCGCAUUAUACCUGCCAUUUACUUAUCUGCUGAAGAGGAAUGGCAUAAAAAUAGAACCCACGUCAAUGAAGGACUUUUCAGGCAACGUUUCUCAAAAACAGUUUAGAUGGCGCUGUACAGUUUUUCCUUCUAAUUUCAUGGAUAACAGACACAUGCAUAUUUUAUCUUUGUUUUUGGGUAUAAAUGAUGACCAUUUUUAUUACACCCAUUCUCAAUUGCAUUUUUCAGCCAUUAUUAUUCUGAUCAAAAUAAAGAGAAGCAAUAUAGGUAGCAACAUAAUUCUAUACAUAAUGUGAUCCAAAUAUCAAGCGACAAUUAUUUUAAUAAUAUACGUAUAUGCUUUUGCCAUUACAUUGUAGUUUUGAAUAUUUUUUUAAUUAUUUAUUUAAAUAAAUUUAUGUACCGGAGUAAUGAGAAAAUAGGUAAUUACCACGUUAAAACUGUACAACGCCAUCUAUAUUGUUUUUGGUGAACGUAGCUUUUAAAGAAGUUUCUAAGUGUAAGUUUGGAUUACAUUAAAUUGAUUAUGUAAAAUUAAAUAUUUUAUAAUUAUGUAUAAUUAAUAAUUUAAGUUUAUUAUAAUUAAUGGCUAUUAGCCUGAUACCAAAAUAAUAAUUUGUGAUUUGUGCCUAGUUAUGAAUAUUAUUAUUAAUAUAUUUUGUUUUUAUAGCAGUUACUGAUGGAUGAUUAAUAACAUGUUAAUUAUUAGUGAGCGGGAAAAUAAAAUGCGUCGGUUACCAACGCCAUCUGUUGGUUCUUUUGGUUACUACUUUACAAUUUUCCUAUCAUAAUUAAUAGGGACGUAACCAGCUAGCUAAACUAAAUUGUUACAAUAGGUUUGCGCUAGAUGGCGCUUGUCUGUGACAUACCCGUGUUUAGGGAAACUCACAAAGAGAAAAUUUAAAUCGAAAAAAAAAGUAAUAUUAGUACUCAAUAUUCUGGAUAGAUGACGCUAGCGUCGGCUUAAUGACGAUAAAUAGAUCGAAAGAAUUUCGCAUGGAUAGGAGGAGGACCCGGUGGUGUAAUGGUUAACACGCUCGUCCCGGCUUGACAAGGGCUGCGGGUUCAAGUCCCGUCCGAGACAGAUUUUUUUUUUCGAUUCAAAUUUUCUCUUUCUGAAUAUUAUUUUUGUUAAAAUUAUUACUACCGUGAAGUACAGGGUGUUUUUUGACACCGUAACGGAAACUUUGGGGGAUGCAGACCAUGAUUCUGAGUUGAUAUCAAGUGGAAUUUCCUGUCGGAAAAUUUAUGAAAAUUUUAGUGUUUUUUUUUUAUUAUAAUAAUAUGAAAAGGAAAAAUAUAUAUAUAUAUAUAAAUAUAAAAAUAUGGAAAGGAAAAUUCCAUUUGGUAUCUUGGUCUGACUCUGAAUCAGUCUCUAAGUUUUCGUCACGGUAUCACUAACUCCCUGUAUAUAUCUAUGUAAAACAGAGGGUCCCUCUCCAUAACAGAAAAGUUGGUGCGAAAACGCGAGCAGAUGCAGCGCCGGUUGCGAGCAUUUGUACUAACCAAGUUCGUAAUGGUACGACACACCACCACUAGAUGGCACUUAUUUCCAUAUGUAAGCUUAAAGGGAUAGCGACAUCUAGUUACUUCAUGGUGAAAUAGAGUACUUGGUAGUUUUUUCUACAUCUAAAUUGUAUGAAAAGGGCCAAACAUAUUAUGUAUUAUUUAGAAAUUAAAAUGAUGACUUGUGACUUGAGCUCUGCCUACCCCUGUAGGGAUACGGGCGUGAAUUGUGUAUGCUUCUGUCUGUUUUAAAAUAAAAGUUUGUUGUGAAUAA